AUGCUGAAUAACAAGCAGUGCAGAGAUGCUAAAGAUGAGCAGCUUAAUAAGAUUGUUGGGAGAUCCCUGAUUUUUUUCCUUCCUUCUUUUUGUCAAUUUCCCUCUAGGUGUGUGGAAGUCUUUUACAUUUACUUUCAUGCGGGCAAAGUUGAAGAGCCUUAUGUCAGCAUCACCAAGAAGAGGCAGAUGCCUAAAGAUGGUCAUUCAGAAGAAGUUGAGAAUGAAGUGGGACAGGCAGAGGGCAAACUUUUUACACACAGAUCAGCAUUCAGCAGGGCAUCUGUGAUCCAGGCUUUCCUUGGCUCCGCACCUCAGCUGACACUUCAGCUGUAUAUAAGUGUACUGCAGCGGGAGAUCACAGCAACUAGAAGUAUCUUCAUGACCCUUUCCCUGCUAUCAAUUGUAUAUGGAGCUUUACGGUGCAACAUCUUGGCCAUUAAGAUUAAAUAUGACGACUAUGACAUCAAUGUGAAACCUGCAGCCUACCUCUGCAUAUUUCUGUGGAGAAGUUUUGAGAUUGCUACUCGGGUUGUAGUUCUGGUCCUUUUCAGUUCAGUGCUUCAGAUCUGGACCCUCCCUGUGGUGCUCGUGAACUUUUUUGGCUUUUUCUUUUACCCCUGGAUUCUUUUUUGGAAAAGCAAAUCCCCUUUUCCUGAAAAUAUAGAGAAAGCUUUGACCAGGGUCGGCACCACCAUUGUAUUGUGCCUUCUUACCUUCUUGUAUGCUGGCAUUAAUAUGUUCUGCUGGUCAGCAGUACAGCUGAAGAUAAAUGAUCCUGACUUAAUUAACAGAUCACAAAAUUGGUACAGACUGGCGGUAUACUAUGUGCUAAGAUUCAUUGAGAAUGCUUUCCUUCUGUUAAUGUGGUAUCUCUAUAGAACAGACACCUACCUAUACAUCUGUGCCCCCUUAUUAGUCUUGCAGUUGUUAAUUGGCUAUUGCAUGGCCAUCCUGUUCAUGCUUGUAUUCUACCAGUUUUGUCACCCAUGCAAAAAACUGUUUUCAUCUAGUAUUUCAGAAGGUUUGCUCCGCUGUUUCAAGUUACUGUGCUUUCCUUGCAAGCCAUCUAUGUCCAGCACACCAACAGAGAAGGCAGAGUUGAAAUCGCCAGAUAAUACUGAUGAUGCACAGAACUGUUACAAGACAAACGAGUCUCAGAAUGGGAAUCCUCAUCAAAGUGUUUCUUCCAAUGCCUAGUGUGGCUAGUUGUAAGCAGGCAUUGCUGGAAACUAUUGCACUGUUACACAAAGCGCAAUGUGUGUUGGAUGUCGAGCUUUGUUGGUCUCUUUGGUAGGUGCAGUACUGCAGGGUUACUUUGAUAUGCGUACCCAUAUCACAAACUUGACGUCCAAAUGUAUGUGUACAACAAACUACUAUGUGUAGAUUUGUACUGCAGAGUGGUCUCACACAGAGAUUAUCAUUGGCUUAUUUUGAAAUCAUUAUAGAAGACAUGUUUAAAUCCUAGCAAAGUGAACUUCAUGCUAGUCUAGUUUAUUUAGGAAGUAUGAGGAGAAUGGAAAGACAUGGGAAAUACUGGUUUUUCACAGAGCAUUACUUCAGCAGACCAUGCUAGUAUGGAAUCUAAGUGUAGUCUUUGACUGCAUUCUGACUAGAUAAUAAGAUGUGAUCCAUUGUGCACAUUUACUGUAAACUUUUAUUGUAAAAAUGUAUUGUGAACUUUAUUUUUGAAGUAAUGACAACUGUUAUUUUCUUACAUCCUAACCGUCUUUAUCUUUGUGAUGCUGAAGUCAGACUGCUACCAUGUAUUUUAAAUGAUGCUCCUUAAGAAGUAAGGUUACUUAUAGUUAAUACAGAAUACAAAAACAUGAUUAUUACUGAGAACAGGUAGAGAGGAUUAGGCGUUUGUACUGUUGUAGUCUCUGAAUUUUCUGGAUUUUUUUGGUGCAAGGUUGAAGUUUAAAGUAUUAGCUGUAAUGUCUGAAGUCUUGUAUGGCCUCAGUACAAUGUAUAUUGCCAAACUUCAGGCAACCUACAAUAGGUCUAGGACCAUCUUUCCCUACUAUAUCAGGCAGAGCUGGAUUUAUGGAUCCAUGGGUUAUAUGGAGCCAGAAAAGACUUGGUCUCUCUCAUUUGAUUCAUGUUAUAUUUGGGUUACUAAACACUGGCAUUUUGGAAUAACCUGCCCUAUUGAUCUCAAAGGUGCCACAGAUUUGGAACCUUUCCCAAAAAGCGCUAAGAAACACCAUAUUUUCUCACAUACAACACACACUGUUUUAAAAAAAAAACACAUUUUGGCAGAUGGAUUUCCAAGAAAUAGAAUUUAUUAGGAUUAUUGGGAAAAGAGAGGUAAUUAAAAAGGUGAGAUAUUUACUGCAAUCCUGAAGUAUGUGUUAACAGUUUAUUCAUAUCUGAUGUUUGUUCAGUGCCUUGUGUUUGUCUUUUGCUUAACACAUCGUGGGUACUACUGGGAACAAGUAAUAAUAGAAAAUCAUUAGCUAGACCCCCUUUUAGUAUUGACUGAUAGUGUUCUAUUCUCCUUUCAUGAGAACAGGAAGCUCCCUGAAAGAAAGGAUAAGUGUAUCAGGAAUGUCACAAGAUGGAAAGAGAGAGAAGUAUAGAAUGUUGCACAUGCAAUGCUGCCAGAGCGUAAGGUCCUUUUAUUACUGCACACUCUAAAUGAAUAUCUUUAUACUGCGCGUUAACUCCAGCUUGUUGUUGUCUUGGUCAGUGUGUGUGUGAGAUAUCUAUAUUACCCCCCCACACACAUAUACACACACAAACACACAUAAUUAUGCAGUACCUCGUAUUAUAAGGUGGGGUAGUACAAAGCAGUUUUUUGGCAUGACUUUGGCAUGGGAACAUCACUUGCAUUUAGGAGGUGACACAUCUCUGUUUAUUAGUCCAGAUCUGCAGGGAGAUUUAUAAUGCUGGGAUAAAUCCCUGUGCAUACUGCAGUAUUUCUAUGUAUAAGAAAAUGCAUCAUAUAUAGAAGAUUCUUAAAAAUUGAAGGUAUACAUUGGAAUGAAUUAAAGCAGUUUGGAUUCAUCAGGUAGAGGCAAUAUCAAAACCAGUGUCAGCAUAGGUCCCCAAGAGACUUCUAAAACCUUUCUUAUCCUAUAAAUCACAUGUCUUAUAGAAGAUAAAUGAUGGUACAGUUGUGAUUUUACCAUUUGGGGACAGUGGUAUUUCCACAAAUACCAAAUCCAAGGGCCCAGCGCACAUGUGCAGUCAGUAUUGUUUAAUUUCACCUACAAACAGUAAAGUAGUGUUAUAUGCUUGUUUGUGGAAACGGUUCCAUAUUAUAUACUGUUUUUAUACUGAUCUUUUGCAGUUCAUGUGUUGGCCACUAAGUACAUCAAAUAAUUACUGUUGUGACCAUUAUGCAUACAUUGAGCUGCAGUUUUGAUAGGUUUUGCCUUAGCUAUGCAAAAGUAGUCAGUUAGAUUUGGAAUAAUGACUCAAAGACUUCAUCCUCAUAAAUGCCAUUGUCUAAGGUUGCCUCAAAACAACACACCUACAUUAGACCACAUGACUGCUGCCUAUGUUUCAUCUAGCUAUGCUGCUGUUGCCGAUGGGUUGAGGAGCUUGUGAAUGAAUUACUGAAGCAAGGUCCUUUGGAGUGUUGCAAUUCGCGCUCGUUGAGACUGCCCAGAAUUCUUACAAAUAUUCGUUCCUCAUUUGGCUAACCUCUCCUGUCAGCACACAACUUGAGUCAUCCACUGAUGUUACUUCCAGCAAAAUGAUGAGGGAUAUAGUUGACAAUCAGACAGCAAAGUCAAAGGUAAUCAAGGUGUGGAUGAAUUCAAUUGGACGUCAGCAGCCUUGUGAACUGCAGGGUAAGCAGGAAAUGAGUUCAGCUUCUUGUUGACAGACACUUGUAUUAUAUUCAUGUCAUGGUUAUGUAUGCAUUCUGUUCUUGUAAACAGGCUGUCAGUAUUUUGUUCCAAGUGGUGCCAAACACAGUAAUAAACAAAUACAUAGACAGAUGCUAGUAUUUGCUGCUGUUCUGAAGUCUCUGCCCUUAAUAAAUUUCGGUUUUGUUUU